ACCCAACUUCAUCCUCUCAUAAUCAAAAUAAAAAUCAGCAAUCUCUUAUUAACAUGGUUAAGCUUCUUCUGGUUUAUCUUCUUGUCACUCUGAGCAUCGCAUUAACAACCAAUGCGACGACGUAUAUUGUGGGAGGUACCUCCGGCUGGGAUAUCAGCUCUGAUCUUGAAUCAUGGGCACAGAACAAAGUAUUUAAUGUUGGCGAUACCCUUGUGUUCCAAUAUUCAUCAUCUGACAGCGUGUGUGAAGUAAAACGAAAAAGCUUUAAAGCAUGCAAUACAAGCAAUUCUUUGAAUACAUUUUCAAAUGGAAACAGGACGGUUCAAUUGACACAGCCGGGUAAGAGAUAUUUUAUCAGUGGGAACAAGUUAUAUUGCUUGGGUGGAAUGAAGCUUCAAGUGAUUGUGGAGGGUGAUGCGUCUUCACCGAUUAGUUCGCCUGAAGCACAGCCAGAGGGUAAUCUUCCACGAACUUCUUUAAAGGCCAAAAAUGCUCCAAGUGAUUUUUCUAAUUCAUCCGAGUUUUCUUAUGGUAGGAGGGGCUCCCUUUUAGUAGCUUUUCUGGGUUUUAUGGCUACUAUUUUGUGGGUGGUGUAAGUGCUUUGUAAUACCUGCAGGGUUGUUCCGUAUUUUUCAAUAAUAAAUUAAAGGGAUAAAAUAAUGAGUAAGAAUUUUAUAAAA